UAGUCCCCCUGGGUGACCCACGGCUGACCUACGAUAAUUUACGUUGUCGGCUAACCAUUUAAGAAUCAGUUCAGUGUGCGAGGUCCAGUGUGACUCGAGCAUCAACGAACGAAGGACACAAAAUACCAAAAUGAAGUUUAAAGAAUCGGUAAAAGCCUCUCUGCUGGACCCCUCUGUUCUGUUUCGUCCAGAGGCUGUUUACAACGGAAAACCUAUAGAGGCGUUCCGAAGUUAUGAAUUUGACGAAAACGAUGCUAUACAGCAGCGUGUAAUCAAAACCUACUAUGAUUUGCACACAAAUCAGACAUACGAAUUAGUUAAAGCUAAGAUGGAUGAGUGGCUGAAGUUCGAUCACUUCAAGUCAACGGUGAAGGACGCUCUCAUCAAACUGAACGAUUUUGUUGACGAAUCAGAUCCCGAUACAGACUUGCCGAAUAUCGUACACGCAUUCCAGACUGCGGAACAAAUACGACGCGAUCAUCCUGAUAAUGACUGGUUCCAGCUAGUUGGACUUAUUCAUGAUAUGGGAAAAGUGUUGGUGUUUUAUGGCGAGCCACAAUGGUGGGUGGUUGGAGACACGUACCCGAUGGGCUGUAAAUGGGGCCCCAGUAUUGUGUGUGGUGAUGAUAGCUUCAAGGAUAACCCUGAUACAUACAACCCUAAGUACAACACUAAAUACGGAAUAUACAAACCGAAUUGCGGCAUCGAAGAGCUUACUAUGUCCUGGGGACACGACGAGUACCUCUACCGUGUACUGAAACACAACAAAGCCAGCUUACCUCAAGAGGGACUUUGGAUGAUACGCUACCACUCGUUCUAUCCUUGGCAUGCUGGCGGCGACUACAGCUACUUCAUGAAGGAAGGUGAUGAAAAGAUCAAGGAAGCUGUUCUUAAAUUUAACCAGUACGAUUUGUACACGAAGAGUGCAGAGGUACCCGACAUAGAGGCUCUGUGGCCCUACUACGAGAAACUCAUUGACAAAUACAUUCCAGGAGAAUUGGAGUGGUAGACUACAUUAUACAAUGAGAAUAAUAUUUACCACAGCAUUAUUGUUUAAGGGCCGCAUUUUUUAUGACCGUGUAAUGUUUACGGUAUUUGUUUUAAAUAAAGAACGCAUUUAAUAAA